GAGUUUGAAGACUAAAAGGAAGAAAUGGAGUUUAUUGGUCACAUACUGAUUUUCCCUUUCCCAAUUCAGGGCCAUGUCAACUCCAUGCUCAAACUUGCACACCUUUUCGAUCUUUCCAACUUCCAUGUCACCUUCUCUGUCCCCUCCAACAUUCACGCUCGCCUUCUGGCUCACACCGACGUCAACUCCGGCCGUUUCAGCCCCCGAUUCCGGCUCCAGAGCUUCCCCGCCGGAAUCUAUGAGGGUGCUAUCGAUUCAAAGGAAGGAUUCAUGGAGCUCUGUGAUUCCCUGAACAGAAUAGCGAAGCCAUUCUUGAGGGAGUGUAUAGCCCAGAAGCGGAAUUUCAGUCUGCCCUUCACGGCUUUCAUAUCGGAUUUCCAGCUUAGCAUCGCCUUAGAUGUUGUUGGUGAAGAGUGUUUCAAUCUGCCGGUUUACUAUUUUCGUACUAUCAGCGCCUGCGGCUUCUGGGCUUACUUCUCCUUGCCGGAUCUCUUUGAAGCCGGCGAGCUACCUAUCAAAGAGAAUGGAAUAGACUCAUCACCAAUAACAAAGAUUAAGGGAAUGGAAGAUUUUCUGAGGGUUAGAGAUCUUCCUCCAUUUUGCAGAGAUGAAGACUUGGCAGUUCUUUUCUAUACUGAAACCCGGCUUGCCGUUCACGCUCGAGGGCUCAUACUCAACACCUUCGAAGACCUGGAGGGACCUAUACUAUCCCAAAUCAGAACCAAAUGUCCUAAAGUUUACACAUUGGGACCACUCCAUGCCCAUCUCAAGGCCACCCUAGCUUCCAAAUCCACCCACUCAAACAGCCUUCGGCAAGAAGAUGAGACCUGCAUGGCUUGGCUGGACUCACAAGAACCAAAAUCAGUGAUCUAUGUGAGCUUUGGAAGCAUUUCUGUGAUUACAAGGCAGCAAUUGAUGGAGUUGUGGUAUGGUCUGGUUAAUAGUGGGAAGAAAUUCUUGUGGGUUAUGAGGUCUGAUUUGGUUGCAGGGAAAGAUGAAGAAACCCCAAUUCCUUUAGAGCUAGAAGAGGGCACAAAAGCAAACGGGUACAUUGUAGGUUGGGCCCCACAAGAGGCCGUCCUGGACCACCCGGCUGUCGGAGGGUUUUUAACUCAUUCUGGAUGGAACUCUACAUUGGAAAGUAUAGCGGCCGGGGUGCCUAUGAUUUGCUGGCCGUUCUUUGCGGAUCAACAGAUGAAUAGUCGGUUUGUCGGAGAGGUUUGGAAGCUGGGAUUGGACAUGAAAGAUGUGUGUGAUAGAAGUAGUGUGGAGAAGUUAAUCAGAGAAUUGAUGGAGAAGAGGAAGGGUGAGUUCUUGGAGAGGGCUGAAAAUAUGGGUAAGUUAGCUAAACAAGCUAUUAGUGAAGGUGGAUCAUCUUACUGCAAUUUUGAUUGUCUGAUUCAAGAUAUCAUUAAGGUUAAUGAAGAUAUGAGGAAACCUCUGAAAAAUGUCCUAGCUAGUUAAUUUCCCACUAGGAUUUUGUUCCAUGCAUUUUCAAUCUCACCUGUACCGGAUUCAGUGGUCCACAUUAGGCCUCUACAAGACUGUGCUUGACCUCUCUAUGCCCUUUUUGUCUUGUCUAUUACCUUCUUUAAAAGCAUUAAUUACUAUUGAGUAUUAACUCAUGUUAUCUG